AUGCAAACGCAUAUUGAAACAAUAUCUGAUGAUGAAACAAUAUCUGAAGAUGAAUCUCCAAGAUUAUUAGUAGAUGACCAGGAUAAUAAUGAUGAAGAUGAACAAGUGGCAUUUUUAACUAAACAUCUUUCAGUUUCAGAAAUCAUUUAUUCAGCCUCUCCUAUUGAAUACCCAAAAACUUCACCACAGGGAGUAGCUACCAUUUUCAAUAUUUCAGGUUGGUCAAACCCAAUGGCAUGUUUUAAUGAUGUAAGUAUUUGUAAUUAUUUAAAAUAA